AAGCCUAUGAAAAUAAUCAAAACAAACUAUCAAAGGAAAAGAUGUGGGAGUAGCAUGACGAACGUAAGGCAAGAAAGGGACCAAAAGACCAAAAGGUGGGGAGAAGAAGGUAGGUAGGCAGGAUGGGGUAAUGAAAGUUUUGAUGUAGAAAGAAGGCCGUGGGUGGCUGGUGUCCAUUUGAACGUGAGAUAGGCAUGCUUUGCUACAGCUCUACUCUCCCUCUCAAACCCACCCACUUCUCUCUUCAUUAUGCUCUACCUACCACCAAGCUUCUCUUCCCUUAUAUUUAUUACUCAUUUCCUUCCUCCCCCUUCCCCUAGCUCUAAUCCAUUCUCAGUUUCACAAACAAAAGCAAAAUUAUCCCGGCAAAUAAAACAAGAAAAACCCAUCAAACCCAAUUACCAUGAUAUCCGUUGCUGAUCCUGUUGAACCCCAAAAGUCAGAGCUCUCUCCUUCUUUGUCUCCUCCUGCAACAAAGCCUUCCUCUGACACUUCUGGUGAUCAUAUUUUCAGGUCGAAAUUGCCUGACAUUCCAAUCUCAAACCAUUUACCUCUCCAUACUUAUUGCUUUGAAAACCUCUUGAAUUUCCCUGAUAAACCAUGUUUGAUCUCUGGAUCCUCUGGCAAGACCUAUUCUUUCUCCGAAACUUACUUGAUUGCACAAAAGACAGCAGCUGGUUUAUCCAAUUUAGGCAUUCAAAAGGGUGAUGUCAUCAUGAUUCUUCUCCAAAACUGUGCUGAAUUUGUCUUCUCUUUCAUGGGAGCUUCAAUGAUAGGAGCAGUUUCCACUACGGCCAACCCUUUUUACACAUCAACUGAGAUCUUCAAGCAAUUCAAAGCUGCUAGAGCCAAACUCAUAGUCACGCAAUCCCAAUACGUUGACAAGCUUAAAGACACCACCAACGAAAGCUUCCCCAAAAUAGGUGAAGAUUUCAAGGUGAUCACCAUCGAUGACCCUCCAGAAAACUGUUUGCAUUUCUCAGUGUUAUCAGAGGCAAAUGAGAAGGAGAUCCCUCAAGUUUCCAUUGACCCUGAUGACCCUGUGGCUUUACCAUUCUCUUCAGGAACAACAGGGUUACCGAAAGGAGUCAUACUAACUCACAAAAGCUUGAUCACAAGCGUAGCUCAGCAAGUAGAUGGAGAGAACCCAAAUCUUUACUUGAAACAUGACGAUGUUGUUUUAUGUGUUUUGCCUUUGUUUCACAUCUACUCACUCAACAGCGUGCUGUUGUGUUCCUUAAGAGCUGGAGCUGCGGUUCUGUUAAUGCAGAAGUUUGAGAUAGGGGCUUUGUUGGAGCUGAUAGAGAGGCAUAAAGUGUCGGUUGCUGCGGUGGUGCCGCCGUUGGUGUUGGCGUUGGCUAAGAAUCCGAUGGUGGCUCAGUUUGACUUGAGCUCAAUCAGGGUGGUGCUUUCAGGGGCUGCCCCGCUUGGAAAAGAGCUUGAAGAGGCUCUCAGGGGAAGGGUUCCACAAGCCGUUUUGGGUCAGGGGUAUGGAAUGACAGAGGCUGGACCAGUUCUAUCCAUGUGCUUGGGAUUUGCAAAGCAGCCUUUUCCAACCAAGUCUGGUUCAUGUGGCACAGUGGUUAGAAAUGCUGAGCUUAAGGUCAUUGACCCUGAAACCGGCUGCUCUCUGGGCUACAAUCAACCUGGGGAGAUUUGCAUUCGUGGAUCCCAAAUCAUGAGAGGUUAUUUGAAUGAUACUGCGGCCACAGCAACUACCAUAGAUAUGGAGGGCUGGCUUCAUACAGGUGACAUAGGUUAUGUGGAUGAAGAUGAUGAGAUUUUCAUUGUUGAUAGAGUAAAGGAAAUCAUCAAAUUCAAAGGCUUCCAAGUGCCACCAGCUGAGCUUGAGUCGCUCCUUGUAAGCCAUCCAUCAAUUGCAGAUGCAGCUGUAGUUCCGCAAAAAGAUGAAGUUGCUGGUGAAGUUCCUGUUGCAUUUGUGGUCCGAUCAAAUGGUUUGGAACUUACAGAAGAAGCUAUCAAAGAAUUCAUUGCCAAACAGGUAGUCUUUUACAAGAAAUUGUAUAAGGUGCACUUUGUUCAUGCAAUUCCCAAGUCUCCUUCAGGAAAGAUACUGAGAAAAGAUCUCAGAGCCAAGCUGGCUGCUGCUGCUGCACCCACUGCCCUGCCUUGAAAAAUGCUUCAAAUUGUGAGGAACCAUGGUGAUUUGAUUUUUCAUAGUUGGGAUAAAUGUGUCAAAAGAGUUACUGGCAGCAAAAUCAGUAGCUUUUUUUUUUUUUUUUUUUUUCCUUCUUCGAUUUCUGAAAUUGGUCCAUGCUUGUAAUGUAAUUUGUUUCAUCGUAUUCAUGAAAUAAGAGGGAAAUCAAAACCAUUAUUGUCGCUUGAAGAGAUUUAGCUCAACUUGUAAGAGUGGAAUUAGAUUUAGAUAGACAUUUUAAGUAGGAACUUCUCGUGUACCAAAAAAUUGAGAAAGAAAAAUCAUUCUGAGUUGCUUCCUUAAUUAUAUAAGCUUUGAAUAAUAAUGGUGUAUAAAGGAUCUUC